GCAGAAAGGAAAUAUUGGGUCAAUAUAUUUUUGAACAAUAGUACUACGAACUAGCGAAAUAUCGUGAGAAUCUUUCAGUUCUUAGAAGUUAUUUUACGGUCUUUUUUGACGAGCAAAAGAACUGGAUCUACUUACUUAUUGUUGCACUUCUGCUAUUGAUUGUUCGAUUGUUGCUAGAGCAAUCUAAAGGAAAAUGUCGAGACGCUUAGACGGCGGAACUUCUCUAUUGCGCUUUGGAACGGCCACCGGCGGUCGCUUUCGCUCACGACCAGGCGGCACUGGGUAGGUCGCUUUUAUCAACUUGAUGAAAAUGUUUGGAAGACCUGGGACAAAAGAAAAUUCUUUUUAGAGCUGCGUUGGCUACAGAAAUGUCGGCGAAACUUGCUCUCCAUUUUUUUGAGCAAGUGAAAGCAUUCUUGAAAGUUCCCAAAUAGUAUUGCCAUCCACAUGACAGGCGCAGCGUGCGACCGGAGAUAAGCGAUGAGCAGAAACAGGAAAUAAAAGAGGCCUUCGAUUUGUUUGAUAGCGAGAAGACCGGCAGAAUAGACUACCACGAAUUGAAAGUAGCGAUGCGCGCGCUGGGUUUUGAAAAUACGAAGAAGUCAGAAGUUCUCGAAUACAUGCGGGAAUAUGACAGAUCAGAGACCGGGUAAGCCUCGUCUUUACUUAUUAUGAAGCUUGAAAAUGUGCCUGUUUUCAUGAAUGAUUUUGGUUACUAUAACUAGAACAUUUUUCUUGACUUGUUACGGCUGCAACCUACUUUUAUUUAAUCCUUGGAUGUUGACAUCCAUUUUAUCGUUGGAUGUUGACAUCUUGCUUACCACUAUAAUAAUCAAGAAAUCCUUUUUACUUACACGAUAAUGAAUGAAGUGAACCUGAACAUAGGUACAUAGAUUAUGAGGCGUUUUCAGAGAUAAUGACGGAGAAGAUAGCGAACCAGGAUCCGCAGGAGGAGUUGAGCAAAGCUUUUCGUAUGUUCGACGAUGAUGAGACCGGAGUAAUAAAUUUCCGAAACUUGAAAAGGGUAGCUCGAGAGCUAGGGGAGAAGCUUUCGGAUGACGAACUGCAGGCAAUGAUAGACGAGUUUGAUCGGGACCAAGACGGCGCAAUCAACGAAAUGGAAUUCGCGAACAUAAUGCGGCAGACGAGUCUCUACUAGCACUAGGAUGGGCAUUAUAGGACGUAAAAUCAGUUAUCAGAAUCAGUUGCGACUACUUAUGUGAAAAAAUAAUCGAUCCUACAACUAUUACCUGUAAGAAGAACUGGGAGGACACUUCUACUUACACUAUGAUGUCAACUGAUACUUUGACUUGGGAGCAGAAUGCUAUUACUACUACCUCUGUAUUGAUCAGCGUAUGAUGGUGGCUACAACUGCAGUCCACAAGGACGAGAAGGACUUGCAGAGAAGAUUGAGUUCGCUGAUGCCUGCUGAGGCGGUCGUGCACAACGGAAAAUAGUUUAGGAACGGCAG